CGCACGCCUACCAGUCACGCGGCGAACUCGUCGGCAGCACUGAAAUAUAAAUAUAUAUAUAUUUAUAUAUACAUAUAUAAAUAUAUACACACACACACACAUAUAUAUACAUUUAAUAAAGGAGGAAAAUAUACUAUCAGAAACGCGCUAAAGAAACAAAAAGGAGAUACGCACCGAUAAGGAGAAGGGGGAUUUAAGGAGUAGGCACACAGAGGAAAGGUGGAAUGGCAGUAAGACCCCGUUAUGGCAAGGCUUCACAGCAGCGGUGCCAGUGAUGCUCUGAGUGCGGAGAUCUCUCCAUUCCCGGACGGCGUCCGACACGGGGGACACCUCUUGGAAGCGCUUGUGCAUUCCUCGGUUUAAUGCAUGUGGCUGCGCGCUGCCAGAGAUGGAACACAUGGACUGCAAACCCUACCAGCCACUGCCGAAAGCUCGACACGAGAUGGAGUUGGCUUACACCAGCUCCUCGGAUGAGAGCGAAGAUGGACAGAAACUUCACAGAUCCUACACCUCCAGAGAAACACUGCCAGAAUACAGCCAGGAACUGAGGCUCAACUUCAAUAGCCAUAGCAGAAAGAGGAAGGCAGUCUCCACUGACCCAGCACAAGAGCUGGACUUCUGUGAGACUCCUCCACUUAUCUGUCCUAGCUAUGAGGCAGAACUGCACACUGCAGCCCAGCAUGGCUAUCCACUGGGGAUGGGCUCUGACGUGGACACCGAGACUGAGGGAGGUACGUCCCCAGACCACGCCCUGCGGCUCUGGAUGAGGGAGAUGAAAUCAGAACAUAGUUCCUGCCUGUCCAGCCGGGCCAACUCUGCACUCUCACUUACAGAUACAGAGCAAGAAAGGAAAUCAGAUGGGGAAAAUGAUCUCACAAACAGCCCGGUUGGCCAGUUCACCUUCCGGCCUCUGCCCCCUCCACCACCACCCCCCCAUGGAUGUACAUGCAGUCGCUCGGCUGCUCAGACGUUGGAAUCCAUGCAGAGAAACACACUGCCUUCACGCAGCCAAGCCAGCCCAGCCACUGUGGAGACUCCAGCCAGCGGGCAGCAAGACAGCAUGCAGCUUCACAACAGCUGGGUCCUCAACAGCAACAUCCCUCUGGAGACGAGACACUUCCUCUUCAAGCAUGGAUCGGGUUCUUCUGCUCUGUUCAGCGCUGCCAGCCAGAACUACCCACUCACCUCCAACACAGUGUACUCUCCACCACCCCGGCCUCUGCCCAGGAGCACAUUCUCCCGUCCUACUUUCACAUUCAGCAAGCCUUAUAAGUGCUGCAACUGGAAGUGCACAGCAUUGAGUGCCAGCGCCAUCACUGUCACCCUGGCACUUUUACUUGCCUAUGUCAUCGCAGUGCAUUUGUUUGGCCUUACAUGGCACCUGCAACCUGUGGAUGGACAGCUGUAUGAGAAUGGAGUCAGCAAACUUGCCAAAGGCUCUGAAGGUUCACAGACCACAUUUCCUCCAGAUGGCGGACUAGGUUCUGACAAGCCAGACAGCAGCGACAAAACAGUUUUUCAAAGAGGAAAAGCAAUCGACAGAGGGGAAGUGGAGAUUGGCACCCAAGUGAUGCAGACCAUUCCUCCCGGGCUCUUCUGGCGCUUUCAUAUUACAAUUCAUCACCCCAUGUACUUGAAGUUCAAUGUGUCUCUGGCACGGGAUGCCUUGCUUGGGAUUUAUGGCAGAAGAAACAUCCCUCCUACUCACACUCAGUUUGAUUUUGUGAAAUUGCUGGAUGGAAAACAGCUGAUUAAGCAGGAGAACAAAGGUUCAGAAGACUCCUUCUUCUCACCAAGGAAUCUGAUCCUCACCUCUCUUCAGGAGACCGGCUUUAUUGAGUACAUGGACUUAGGUACCUGGCACCUGGCAUUUUACAAUGAUGGGAGGAAGAUGGAGCAGGUUUUUGUUCUCACGACAGCUAUAGAAACCAUGGAUGAUUGUUCUACAAACUGCAAUGGCAAUGGAGAGUGCAUAUCUGGCCACUGCCACUGUUUCUCUGGGUUUCUUGGACCAGACUGUGCAAAAGAUUCCUGCCCAGUGCUGUGCAAUGGCAAUGGAGAGUAUGAGAAAGGCCACUGCACCUGCCAUACUGGAUGGAAGGGUCCUGAGUGUGACAUUCCUGAAGACCAGUGCAUUGAUCCUACCUGUGAUGACCACGGCACCUGCAUCAAAGGGGUCUGUGCCUGCAUUGCUGGAUAUAAAGGAGACAGCUGUGAACAAGAGGACUGCCUGGACCCUACGUGUUCUGGACAUGGCGUGUGCGUGCUGGGCCAGUGCCAUUGCACCGCUGGAUGGGGUGGAGUGACAUGUGAAAAUGCACUGCCUGCCUGCCAAGAACAGUGCUCAGGACACGGAGCCUACCUCACAGAGACGGGCACUUGCACCUGUGACCCCAGCUGGACCGGGCCAGACUGCUCUAUUGAGCUGUGCCUGGUGCAAUGUGGCAGCCAUGGUGUCUGCUCUGGAGGCACAUGCCAGUGUGAAGAUGGCUGGGAAGGAGCAGCCUGUGAUCAACGCUCCUGUCACUCAAGCUGUGCAGAACAUGGCCAGUGCAAGGAUGGUCGCUGUGAGUGCAGCCCAGGGUGGGAAGGAGAGCACUGCAAUAUUGCUGCUCACUACUGGGAUGUUGUCGUUAAGGAUGGCUGUCCAGGAUUAUGCAACGCCAAUGGAAGAUGCACCCUUGACCAGAAUGGCUGGCAUUGUGUUUGCCAGGCUGGCUGGAGUGGACCUGGCUGCAGUGUGGUCAUGGAAAUGGUGUGUGAUGACAGCACAGACAAUGAUGGAGAUGGUCUGCUGGAUUGUGUUGACCCUGACUGUUGCCAUCAACCCAGCUGCUUCAGUGGUCCCCUAUGCCAAGGCUCUCCUAACCCACUUGAUCUCAUUCAGCAGAGUCAGUCUCCUUUUUCUCAGCUGCCUCCACGGCUCUUUUUUGAACGGAUCAAAUUCCUUAUUGGUAAAGACAGCACUCAUGUCCUACCAGGCGAAGCUCCAUUUGACAGCAGCCGACCCUGUGUAAUUCGUGGCCAGGUGGUGGCUGUUGAUGGGACCCCACUAGUUGGAGUGAAUGUUAGCUUCCUCUUCCAUGCUGAUUACGGAUUCACAAUCAGUCGACAGGAUGGCAGCUUUGAUUUAGUGGCUGUUGGAGGAAAUUCUGUCACUCUAUUAUUUGAGCGGGCUCCUUUCAUCUCAGAGAAGAGAACACUCUGGUUGCCAUGGAACCAGUUUGUUGUGGUCGACAAGGUGGUGAUGAGAAGAACACCUACAGCUGUGCCCACCUGUGACAUCAGUGGUUUCAUGAGUCCUUAUCCUGUGGUUCUUCCUUCACCUCUCACUACCUUUGCUGGUUCAUGUUCAGAAAGAGGACCUGCCAUUCCAGAGCUGCAGGCUGUGCAAGAAGAAAUUAACAUCCCCGGCAGCCCUAUGAAGCUCAGCUACCUGAGUACUCGCACCCCUGGAUACAAAUCUCUUCUGAGGAUCAUCCUCACUCAUUCUGUUAUCCCUCCUGGUCUGAGUAAAGUGCACUUGACAGCUGCAAUAGAGGGGCGACUAUUCCAAAAAUGGUUUCCAGCUGCUCCCAACUUAGCUUAUACACUUGCCUGGAAUAAGACUGACGUUUAUGGACAGAAGGUCUCUGGCUUGACUGAAGCAAUAGUUUCAGUUGGCUAUGAAUAUGAAAUUUGCCCUGACUUCAUUCUCUGGGAGAAACGAACAGCUCUUUUACAAGGUUUUGAAAUGGACUCAUCUAAUCUUGGAGGCUGGUCUUUAGACAAGCAUCACAUCCUCAACCUGCAGAGUGGAAUAUUGCACAAGGGAAAUGGGGAAAACGUCUUUGUGUCUCAGCAGCCUCCAGUCAUUAAUACCAUCAUGGGAAAUGGGUAUCAUCGCAGCAUCUCCUGCCCAAACUGUAACGGUCCUGCACUUGCCAGCAAACUGUUUGCUCCAGUCGCUGUGGCCUGUGGCCCUGAUGGUAGUGUUUAUGUUGGAGACUUCAAUUUCAUAAGACGACUUCUUCCGACAGGAAACGUGAUCACAAUCUUAGAGCUCAGGAACAGAGACAUAAGACACAGUACCAGCCCUGCACACAAAUAUUAUCUGGCCAUGGACCCGGUGAACAAUGUCCUGUAUGUGUCAGAUACAAGCAGCAGAAAGGUGUACAAAGUCAAGUCUCUUACUGAACCCAAGGACCCUGCCAAGAACUUUGAACUUGUGGCCGGUACUGGAGAGCAGUGCCUUCCGUUUGAUCAGAGUCACUGUGGAGAUAAUGGGAAGGCCUCAGAGGCAUCUCUAAACAACCCAAGAGGCAUUGCUGCUGACAGACAUGGUCACGUAUACUUUGUAGACGGAACUAUGAUUCGGAGAAUUGACGAGAAUGGUGUGAUCACGACCAUUAUUGGGUCCAAUGGACUGACAUCUACCCAGCCGCUGAGCUGUGACUCUGGAAUGGACAUCACUCAGGUGCGUAUGGAGUGGCCCACCGAUCUAGCAGUAAAUCCUCUAGACAACUCCCUCUACAUCCUGGACAACAACAUUGUAAUCCGGGUGUCAGAGGACAGGCAAGUAAGAAUUGUGGCAGGCCGCCCGAUCCAUUGUCAGGUGCCGGGGAUUGAUCAUUAUCUGGUAAGCAAAGUGGCAGUCCAUUCCACUCUGGAGUCAGCGCGGGCCAUCAGCGUUUCCCACUACGGAGUGCUCUAUAUCGCUGAAACUGACGAGCGCAAGAUCAACCGCAUUCAACAGGUCACCACCAACGGAGAGAUUUCAGUCCUUGCCGGUGCCCCGACUGAUUGUGACUGUAAGAUCGACCCCAAUUGUGAUUGUUUUUCAGGUGAUGGUGGUUAUGCCCGUGAUGCCAAGCUCAAAGCUCCUUCCUCACUGGCUGUAGCCCCUGAUGGCACUCUAUACAUUGCAGACUUGGGUAACAUCCGGAUUCGGGCCAUCAGCAGCAACAAGCCCCACUUGAAUGGAAUGAACAUGCAUCAGAUCGCCUCUGCAGCCGACCAGGAGCUCUACCUUUUCAGUGCCAAUGGCACGCACUUGCAUACUCUGAACCUCAUCACUGGUGAUUACAUCUACAACUUUACCUACACAGGAGAAAGAGACCUCAGCACGGUUAACAGCAGCAGUGGCAAUUCGCUGCACAUUCACAGAGACGCCAAUGGAGUGCCACUGAGACUGGUGGUGCCUGGAGGUCAGGUUUACUGGUUGACCAUCAGCAACAACGGCGCCCUUAAGAGAGUCUCUGCUCCUGGUCAUGACCUUGCCCAACUUACCUACCAUGGCAACUCAGGUCUACUGGCCACCAAGAGUAAUGAAAAUGGUUGGACGGCAGUGUACGAGUACAACACUGAAGGUCAUCUGAUCAACGUGACCUAUCCCACUGGGGAGGUGACCAGUUUCCAAAGCAACAUGGAACGUUCUGUGCGAGUGGAAGUGGAAACUUCAAACAGUGAAAGCUUUGUCACCGCCACCAACUUCUCUGCCACCAACACUAUCUACACAUUGAGGCAAGAGCACACUCAAAACACGUACCGUGUCAGCGCUGAUGGCUCUUUGCGAGUGACCUUUGCCAGUGGCAUGGAGGUGACCCUGAGCACAGAGCCACAUAUCUCAGCUGGAGUGGUAAAUCCCACUGUCGGUAAAUGCAACAUAACCCUGCCAGGGGAGCAUGGGCCCAACCUCAUCGAGUGGAGGCAGAGAAGAGAGCAUGCCAAAGGAAACUACACAUCCUACGAGAGACGUCUGCGGGCUCAUAAUAGAAAUCUGCUGUCCAUAGACUUUGACCAGGCAACAAGAAUGGGAAAGAUUUAUGACGAUCACCGCAAGUUCACUCUUAGAAUACAGUAUGAUCCGAAAGGCCGUCCCAUCCUCUGGUCUCCCAGUAACAAAUACAACGAGGUGAACGUAACAUAUUCUCCUGAUGGUCUGGUCACCAGCAUUCAACGAGGAAACUGGUCUGAGAAACUGGAGUACGAGAACAGAAAAGUCAUUUCUAGAACUUGGGCCAAUGGUAAAAUAUGGAGCUACACCUUUCUGGAGAAGUCCAUCAUGCUCCUACUUCACAGCCAGAGAAGGUACAUCUUCGAGUUUGAUCAGGGUGACCGGAUUGUCUCCAUCACUAUGCCAAGCAUGGUGCGUCACAGUUUUCAGACUAUGCUGUCAGUGGGCUACUUCAGGAAUAUUUACAAUCCACCGGAUAGUAGCGCUGCCUUUAUUCAGGACUUUGCUCGAGAUGGAAGGCUUCUGCAGACAAUCUACCUUGGAACUGGACGCAGAGUCCUCUACAAAUAUACCAAGCAAUCGCGGCUGUCUGAAAUUCUCUUUGAUACCACCUUGGUGACAUUCACUUACGAUGAUUCCUCUAGCGUGGUCAAAACCAUUCACCUGAUGCAGGAAGGGUUUGUCUGCACUAUUAGAUACAGACAGACAGGGCCCCUGAUAGGUCGUCAAAUCUUCAGGUUCAGUGAGGAAGGUCUGGUGAACGCCCGUUUUGACUACAGCUACAAUAACUUCCGGGUUACAAGUAUGCAGGCAAUGAUUAAUGAAACUCCCCUGCCCAUUGACCUUUAUCGUUAUGUUGAUGUCUCAGGGAGAAUUGAACAGUUUGGCAAGUUCAGUGUCAUCAACUAUGACCUCAACCAGGUCAUCACAACUCAUGUGAUGAAGCACACUAAAAUUUUUGACUCCAAUGGUCAGGUCAUAGAAGUGCAAUAUGAAAUUCUCAAAUCAAUUGCCUUUUGGAUGACAAUCCAGUAUGACAAUAUGGGUCGAGUCCUUGUGUGUGACAUCAGAGUUGGGGUUGAUGCCAACAUAACCAGGUAUUCGUAUGAAUAUGAUGCAGACAGCCAGCUUCAAACAGUCUCAAUCAAUGAUAGACCACAGUGGAGGUACAGCUACGAUCUCAAUGGCAACAUUAACUUACUGAGCCAUGGAAAUACUGCCAGUCUGACCCCACUGAGGUACGAUCUCAGAGAUCGGAUCACAAGACUUGGCAAAAUUCUAUAUAAAGUAGAUGAAGAUGGCUUUUUGAGAUCACGAGACAACGAUGUCUUUGAAUAUAACUCCAACGGACUGCUCAGCCGAGUGUACAGCAAAGUGUCUGCAUGGAGUGUGCAAUAUCACUAUGAUGGACUUGGCCGAAGGGUUGCCAGCAGGAACACUCUGGGUCAGCACCUCCAGUUCUUCUAUGCCGACCUCACCAAGCCCACACGAGUAACACACAUGUACAAUCAUUCAAGCUCUGACAUCACAUCCCUUUACUAUGAUUUGCAAGGGCAUCUCAUUGCUAUGGAGCUCAGCAGUGGUGACGAGUAUUAUGUCUCCUGUGAUAACUCAGGAACUCCUCUGGCAGUGUUCAGCAGUAAGGGCCAGCUCCUCAAAGAAAUCCGCUACACUCCUUAUGGAGAUAUUUAUCAUGACUCCAAGCAAGAUUUUCAGAUUAUUAUUGGUUUUCAUGGUGGACUUUAUGAUCCUUUAACUAAACUUGUGCAUCUUGGCCGAAGAGAUUAUGAUGUCCUUGCUGGAAGAUGGACUACACCAGACUAUAGCUUGUGGAAGGAUCUAAAUUACUCCCCAAAACCUUUCAACUUGUACUCAUUUAAAAAUAAUUAUCCAGCUGGAGAUUUGCAAGAUGUUACUCAGUACACUACAGAUAUCGGAAGCUGGUUGCAGUUGUUUGGAUUUCAGCUCCAUAAUGUUGUACCGGGGUUCCCCAAGCCAGAUGUCCAAAAUAUGGAGCAGACAUAUGAAUUGAUGAAGACUCAAACUAAAACACAAGACUGGGAUCCCAGCAAGGUGAUUCUAGGAGUUCAAUGCGAACUACAGAAGCAACUGAGGAACUUCAUCUCGCUGGAACGACUUCCAAUGACGACCAUUGGAAGAAGUCCUGAUUACUGGGAGAAAUGGCCCAGGUUCUGUGCUGUUCCCUCCGUGUUUGGGAAAGGUAUCAAAUUUGCUAUAAUGGAUGAUGUUGUUACGGCAGAUAUCAUUGGUGUGGCAAAUGAGGAUAGCAGGCGGAUUGCAGCGAUCCUCAAUAAUGCCAUUUACCUGAAAGGCCUGCACUUCACCAUUGAUGGAAAGGACACUCAUUACUUUAUCAAGUCAGGGCCCUUAGAAGAGGACUUGGCCAUUAUUGGAAACACAGGUGGUGGACGCAUAUUAGAAAAUGGCGUUAAUGUAACCGUGUCCCAGAUGACCUCCAAUGUGAAUGGAAGGACCAGACGAUUUGCAGAUAUUCAGCUGCAGCACGGCGCCUUAAGCUUUAAUGUGCGCUAUGGGGCCACAGUAGAGGAGGAGAAAGCCCAUGUGUUAGAACUGGCCAGGCAAAGAGCCGUCGAGCAGGCCUGGACUAAGGAACAGAAGCGCUUACAACAAGGAGAGGAAGGUGGACGAGCUUGGACUGAGGGAGAGAAGCAACAAUUGCUGAGCACAGGGAAGGUUCAAGGCUACGAUGGAUACUUUGUCCUAUCGGUUGAGCAGUACCUCGAACUUUCUGACAGCGUCAACAACAUUCACUUUAUGAGACAGAGUGAAAUCGGAAAGAGGUAACAGUGUGACAGACUGCCUGCCUUUCCGCCACCAAAGACUGCCUGUUUUUAACACUCGAAAAUUUGUUCUACUCCUUUUUCUAAAAAUAAACUGUGUAAAUAUGAAAACUGGAGAAACUAUUUCCAACUGCCUUUAAUGUGACAAAUGAUGGUAUUUUAUUAUUUGUGUUUGAGAGGGUCUAAAUAAUGGUGACUGAUGCUUUCCAGUUAUCAGGAUGGCAUAUCCCUUGAGAGCAAUGGUAGUUUAGUUUGGGGCACUCACUUUUGUUCGUUCCUCUGCCAACUUUCCCACAGCCAACGAGAAAUUGAAUAUUUUGUCAUGUGAAGAUCCAGUUUAUAAAAGCAGCGAUUCAGUCAAUAGGAGUCGUACAUUGAAUUCAUCAGACAGCACAACAUUCAGCAUUCAAGUAGCUGAGGUGCAGAAGUGGGCAAUAAAAUAUUCAAGAAAAUGCUUUCUCUCCCUGUGCCAAUAGCAAUGAGCUCAGUUUUGUUUUGCUAGAAACAUGACAUCCUGAGAGGGGUGACAUGUUGACAGCUGACCUGCCAAACUGUAAGUCCCAAAGUAGCUGAAAUGCAAUGCCUGCCAAUCAGUUUAUCCUCAAAAGAUCUGAUUGCCCUAAUAGAGAAAGCAACUUUUGUCUCCAAGAAAUCAAUUCUCUUAUAUGAAUAUAGCGGUCAAAUGAUACAGAGUAUUUUGAUUGUCACGCAAAUCUGUAAAUAGUAAGUGCUUUAAAGAAACAAGUGCUACAAGAGAAACUGCACUGCAUUGUCACCCGUCAUUAUACAGUAUGUUCCUAACUCUGGUUGUAAACAAUAGAUGCAGUUGGUUCUUUGCAGAAAGUACAUGUUGCUACAAGAAAAUAUCCAUGCUAAAAUCUGUACAGUUUACUUUUCUACAAAUUAUUUAAUGCAUUAAAGUACAGAUCAAAAGAUUUUCUGUGCAUUACUGUCCAAUAAUGCACACUUGAGUGGAGCUUGUGCCUUUUUGUUUAAGAUAACCUUAGAAGUGUUGGAUAGCAGGAAAUCUGUGGUACAGAUUGUAUCAUUUUCAUUUUGAUAUAUUAAAAGUCUAUACAUAAGA